AUGUCUUCAUUUAGGCCACAAUCUUCUUAGGUUAUUUCAGUGAAAUCACCCAGCAGAAUUAUUCCUGCUAUUGCGAAUAUGGGGAGAUCAUAUGUUAUACCUGCUGCCCAGAAUUUGCCUACUACAGUAAUUGUAAAGGAAAAGAAUCCAGGAUCCUACAAUAAUGAUAAAGAGGUUGAUGAAGGUGCAAGGGAUGAAUUGGAAUUAUGGAAGAAAAAGUAUUUUUCAUUAGAAGCUCGAUUAGCUAAAUAUGAGAUAGAUAAUGAAAUUAAAGAUGAAUUAUAAUCUAGGAUAUUAGGUUCAUAGGAGGAUGUUAAAAAGUUUUAGAUAGAUUAUACUAAAGCACAAGCUGAUUUGGAUAAUUAGAAAUCUGAGAUGAAUAAGUUGAUUAUUGAAAAUUAAAAAUUGUUAAAUUAACAAGUUGAGGUUGAUAGAUUAAAAAAAUUAGUGGCUGAAAGGGAGGAUACAAUUAGCCAACUAUUACAAAAAUGCAAAGAAUAUCAAGAGUAAUUAUAAGAGCUGGAAGCUUUUUAAUAGGCUCUUUAAGAUAUGCAUAAUCAAAAUUAAGGAAAAGAAUAGAUGAUUGAGUCAUGGAAAUAAAAAUAUACUGAAAAUGACAGCAAAAAGUAAAAAGAAAUUGAUGAUCUUAAAUCCAAACUUGCAGAGUUUAAUCCUGCAGAAGUUCAAAACUUAAAAGAUUAAUUUUAAAGAGAAAGACAAGAAUCAUAAAAUCAAUUAAAAAAAUAACAAACAGAUUUAGCUGAUGCCCUUAAAUAAUUAGAUUAAUGGAAAAUUAAAUACAAUAAUCUUGAUCUCAAACACCAAUAAUUAUCAUCUGCUCAAAAAGAAUCUAUUGCAAGAGUUGAGACUUUGACUUAAGAAUAAAAUAAGUUGUCAACUUAGAUUCAUUAACUUAAUGAUGAUAAACAAAAGUUGUAGAUUGAACUGGAACAGACAAAAGGAUAACUUAAACUUCAUUAAGGCUUGAUUGGAGAAUUGGAUAGGAUUAAAAGACUAUUAUCUGAUAAAAGUACUGAGUUAUAGCAAACCUUGUAAUAAUCACAGUAGAAAGACAUAGAUUUAAAUAAUGCAGAAUUGACUAUUUCUGAAUUGAAUCAAAAGAUCAAAUCUUUGUCACUUUUACAAUAAGAAAACUAAAGAUUAUAAAAUGAAAUAGAAGAAAUUCAUAGAGAAAAUGAAAAACUUAGCCAAGACAAUUCCUAAUUAUUAAAAGAUAUUGAUAAGUUUAAGCUCUUAGAACAAGAGAAAUAGUAAUUAGAAAGUAAAGUCAGUAUGUUGGCAUCAGAAAUAGAGAGAUUGAAAGUUUAACUUAAAUAAAAGAAUGAAAAGAUUUUAGAAUAAUAAGAAGAUUUGAAAAACUUAUAAGAAUAAUUAAGAGAAAUUGAAGAAUUAGAAAAUUAAAAUCAAUAAUUAUUAAAGGAUUUGGAAUAAAAAGAUAAAAUCAUUGAAGAAUUGGAAUAGAAAUUGUAGGAACUCAAUGUUCUUGAAUAAAAAUUGGCUGAUGCUAAUAAUAAAAUAUAUGAUUUAGAAAACAAAGUAGCAAUGUUGAGUGCUGAAUCCUAAAGAUUGAGAUAUUUGAAUGAUCAAAAAACAGAACAAUUGAAAAAUGCAGAAGAGUAAUUGUCUGAUUUAAAUAUAUUAAAAGAAAAAUUGAGUCAAUUAUAAAAUAAAUAUGAUGCAUAACAAUAAGUUAAUCAAAAUUACUAAGAUGAAUUAGAAAAGCUUAGAGGCUAAUCAAAUUAAGCUAAUACGAAUAUUGCUGAAUUAAAAAGAUAAUUAGAAGAAUAAAAGGCCCAAAAUAUAGUUUAUAAACAAUCAAAUUCUGAAUCUGUAAUUGCAGAAUUGCAAUAAUAGCUUAGUUCAUUGUAACAAAGUUACAAGAAGGUUUCAGAAUCAAAUUUAGCUAAUGAAGAGGAUCCAACAUUAGAUUUACAAAAUAGAUUAACCCUACUUAAAUAAGAAAAUCAAAGAUUGAACCAAACUAUUUAAUAAAAGAAUUAAGAAGUCCUUAAUCAUUAAUAAUAGAACCAAAACAUAUAAAAAGAAUUAUUAGAAUUGGACUCAUUAAAAGUAUAAAUCAAAGAGUUGCAUGAAUCUAAUAAUGUAUUAUAGGAACAACUGUAGAAUGAGGUUAAAGGUAGACAAGAUUUAGAAUAAAAAAUUCAAUAAACUGAAUCCGAGAAGUAUGAUUUAUAGAGUAAAUGUGCUAUGUUAUCCACUCAUAUAGAAGGAAUGAAAUAUAAACUAGAUAAGAUGGAAAAUGUUGAUGACCUCAAAAAAAGAAUUCAAGAAUUAGAAGGCCAAUUAGCUGAAAUGUAAGCAUUGGAAUUAGAAAUUGAAAGCUUGAAAGAUAGAAUUGCAGAGUUAGAAAAAGAACUAAAAUUAUGGAAAUAAAAGCAUGAUCAAUUAGAUUAAUCGUAUUAAUAAUUAUAGAUGACUAAAGAAUAGAUGGAGAAUAAAUUGGCUAUGCUUUCAUCUGAAAUAGAACGACUAAAGGUUUUAAAUAAGAAAAAGCAAGAUGAAAUAGAUGCUUAGAAUUAAGAAUUAAUUAAAUUAGAUUAAGAAAUGAAUGACUUACAUAAUUAACUUGAAGAUAUUAAUGAAUUAAGAACAGAAUUGGGUUCUCUUUAGAAUUAAUUAUAAUAAUAAAUUGAUGAUAACUAAGAUAAAUUGAAUGAAAUUACUCAUCUUAAAUAAUAAGUAGCAGAAAUUGAAGGCUUAUUAGUAAAUCAAGAAGAUUUACAAAAUUAAAUUAAAAAGUUGUAAACAGAAUCAGAAUCCAAAGAUGAAAUUAUAAAUUAAUUUAAACAAAAACUAACAUAAUUAGAAAGCAAAAUUGCUGAACUUGAAGAUAUAAAAUACAAAUAUGAAGAUAAAAUGGCACUUUUAAGUAGUGAGGUUAAAAGACAUGAAUUCAAAUCUAAAAAAUUGGAAGAUAAAUCUAAUGAAUUAACAACCCAAGUCGAUCAUUUAACUGCAGACUUGAAUGAGGCAGAUUCAAAAAUUGUUGAAUUGGAAAAAGAUUUAGGUUAAUGGAAGUUUGAAUAUUCAAAAUUAAACAGUCUUCAAUACAAGAUUGAUGAAUAUAGUUUCUUGCUUGUAGUUUCGUUUGCUGAAAUUGAAGCUUUAAGAUCUUAAGUUAAUUCAUUAAAUGAGCAAUUAAAUGGUCAUAAUAAAACCAAAGUGGCAUUAGCAUUAGCUUGA